AUGAUCCUGAUUACGGUAGCUGGAAAGAGCGGAAAGGAGGCGAGACUGAUAUCGUACAAGGUGACUGUACUACCAAAACUGCAAUACUGUCGCGUCGUUAGCAGGGAAUGCUGCGGGGCGGGGGGCGCGGCGUACACGUCGGAGGCGGUGGAGAGGCACUUGUGCAGUUUGCGGGUACCUUGCGAGCGCGAGCGGCGCACGGCCCGCGCCGCCGCCGCCCCUCCCCCGCCGCCCCCGCCCGGCGCCCCUCCCCCGCCGCCCCCGCCCGCCGCGCGCAACCGCCCCCGCCGCCCGCCGCGCCGCCACCCGCGCCGGGCCCGUUCAUCUACAACACACACACUCGUCCGACGCCGCCCACCACCGCCGAGACGAACCCCUCCCCGCAGCCCCCGACGUCGCUCCUUACCCCCUCCACACCCCCUCAUUGCCGCACCGCUCCUCUACAGC